CCUAUUACUCCCGCUGGAGUUACCGCAUGAUCGAUUGGCAUAUCAUCCACCGACAGUCGCUGCCAUCUCACGCACUACCAUUUGCCGCCGCUGCUUCCACUGACUCAACGUUGUUGUGCCACCGUCAAGCAUGUCCGAGGAGCCGGGCAAGAAUAUUACCUCAGGCAAGAAACUCGAAGAACGUGAGGAUGAUGAUGUUGUGAUGCGAUGUCAUUAUGAGACCACUCGGAAUUUCAUGCAGAAAGUUGAUGGAGGUGAUGUUGCUCCUGUUACUUUCGCAGGAAUUGCAGAUUACGAGCGCGAGUGGGCGCCGGACUCGGUCCCCGUAAUCGGAGAACGCUUGCCGGAGAGUUCCGCCGGGGAGGAGGAGUACGUUGAGGUCACGCUCGACCUUCAGGAUGACGAUACCGUGAUUAUGAGGAGCGUCGAAUCGGCAACUGCGAUUCGCAUUGAUGAAAUCAUCGGAGGCUGCGGCGGCGGAGGGAUGGCGGACGAAACUCCGGCUUCGCCUGCGGCGUCGCGAUCGGAGACCAUGCGGCGGAGCUCUUCGAACAGGAUCCGCCAGUUUUCGCAGGAGCUGAAAGCAGAGGCGGUCGCGAAGGCCAGACAGUUUUCGCAGGAGCUGAAGAAGCUCUCGUGGAGCAGUCACGGAGCUGCUGCUGCUGCGGCGGCGACUUCGCGUGCUUUCUCAUCGGCGGCGCCCGGCGGAUCUAACUCGGCUCUAGCGGCGCGGCAAUUGCGCCGGCAGCGGGCUCAGCUCGACCGCACACAGUCCGGCGCGCAAAAGGCGCUUCGCGGGCUCAGAUUCAUCAGCCACAACAACGCCAAUGCGUGGAACGAAGUUGAGAACAGCUUCCACAAGCUGGCAAAAGACGGUUAUCUCCACCGCGCCGAUUUCGCACAAUGCAUCGGAAUGAAGGAGUCCAUGGAAUUUGCACUGGAAAUGUUUGAUGCUUUGAGCAGAAGAAGAAGAUUAAAGGUGGAUAAGAUUUGUAAAGAUGAGCUUUACGAGUAUUGGUCCCAAUUCACCGAUCAAAGCUUCGACUCCCGCCUCCAAAUCUUUUUCGACAUGGUGGACAAGAAUGAAGAUGGUCGAAUUACUGAAAAAGAAGUGAAAGAGAUCAUAAUGCUUAGUGCUUCGGCAAAUAAACUAUCGAGACUGAAAGAACAAGCAGGGGAGUACGCUGCUUUGAUCAUGGAAGAGCUGGACCCUGAAAGACUUGGCUACAUUGAGCUAUGGCAGCUGGAAACACUACUUCUACAGAAGGACACAUACCUGAAUUACAGCCAAGCGCUGAGCUACACGAGCCAAGCCCUGAGCCAAAACCUUCAGGCUGGUUUGAGAAAGAAGAACUCAAUAACAAGGCUGGGCACGAAACUCGUCUAUUUCUUUCAAGAGAACUGGAAGAGAGCAUGGGUGGUCACGCUAUGGCUCUUGAUAUUGAUCGGCUUGUUCCUAUGGAAAUUUUUUCAGUACAAGCAAAAGAGUGCAUACAUGGUCAUGGGCUAUUGUGUCCUUACCGCUAAGGGCGCAGCUGAGACUCUGAAGUUCAACAUGGCACUCGUCUUACUCCCAGUGUGCAGGAACACCAUAACUUGGAUGAGGUCCACCAGACUGAACCGUGUGAUACCCUUCGACGACAGCAUCAACUUCCAUAAGACCAUAGCAGCAGGAAUUGUCUUUGGUAUCAUACUUCAUGCUGGAAACCAUCUUGCGUGUGAUUUCCCGAGGCUUAUCAACGAACCAGAUACACUGUAUAAGCAGCUUCUGGCAGAUGAUUUUGGCCAUGAUAAACCCAAUUAUGCAGUCCUCGUUAAAGGAGUUGAGAGGCCUCAUUAAACUCCCCAAACCUUUGGAUAGACUAACUGGAUUCAAUG